AACAGCAUCAGCUUCGACGGCUUCCAUAUCGUGUACCAGGUCGCUGGCGAGAAGCGGCCCACAAUCUGCAACGACUACAACGACACCGCGCUGCACAGCGUCCCGAUCGACGUCGACGGCCACGCAAAGAGCGAGUACGAGAUCGCAGGGACAAGGGCAGAGGAGACGGCAGCCACUCUCGUAGUGACAGAGGUCAACGAAGUGAUAAGCAUAGAUCUGAACGCCCUCCUUCUCAAGAUCGGGAUAGACGGCGAGCUGAACGUGAACGUGAAGCCCUCCGUGAACAG